AUGUAUAGAUAUUAUUGACCCCACCGUUGAGAACAUCUUACAGCAAAAAUUGUGCUUCAUAAGACAUAAAAAAUCUCACUUUUUCAGAUUGCAGAUCCCGAUCAUCCAUAUGGGUAUACAAACAUGAGAUACGUAUCGUCAUUGAUAUCGGGUGUCGGAAUCUUUUGCGUGGGUUGCGGCUUAUCCUUCUAUCAUGGGGUCACUGGGAUUAUUGAUCCACAACCGUUGCACGACUUUUACUGGGCUUAUUUUGUUCUUGGUGGCGCUGUAGUGUCCGAAGGUGCAACUUUAAUGGUUGCUCUCAGCGCUAUAAGAAAAGGUGCAAAAGAAGCUAAUAUGUCGUUAUAUGAAUAUGUGAUGCGCAGCUCGGACCCCUCCGUGAACGUGGUGCUGUUCGAGGACACAGCGGCGGUGGCCGGCGUGGUGGUGGCCGGCACGUGCAUGGCCAUCUCGCAGUACACGGGCAGCCCGCUGCCCGACGCCAUCGGCUGCUUGCUCGUGGGCACGCUGCUGGGGGGCGUGGCCUCGUUCAUCAUACUCAGCAACGUGGGCGCGCUGAUUGGCAG